UACGGGUUGGGUGUGGGGGGCGAUGACGAAUCUUGAAGCUGCAGCAGCCCAGAGCCCCACCGGCCUAGGUGCUCAAGCAGAUAGGUCACCCAGGCGAUGAUUUAAAAGGACAGCACGCCCACCCAGGCGGCAGACCGCCCCUCCCUGCCCCGCUGCCCGCCCAGGCCGCACCCACUUGGGGGCGGUGCGCCCGAGCUUAGUUCUUGGUGGGCGGACGCCGCGGCUUUAAGCCGGGGCGGGACUGAGCGAGGAGCAGCAGCGGCGUCGGCGGCGGCGAGAGUUCUUGGGGACUCGGGCCCGGAUGCUGGGGACUAGUCGGCAGGUCCCGGCUGGAUAAACUCAUGGACUUGGCAUCUCAGGCUUGAGAAAGAAACAAACUCAGAAGAAAGAUGGCGUUUGUUGCAACCCAGGGGGCCACGGUGGUUGACCAAACCACUCUGAUGAAGAAAUACCUUCAGUUUGUGGCAGCUCUCACGGAUGUGAAUACACCUGAUGAAACGAAGUUGAAAAUGAUGCAGGAAGUCAGCGAGAACUUUGAGAAUGUCACGUCAUCUCCUCAGUAUUCUACAUUCCUGGAACACAUCAUCCCUCGAUUUCUUACAUUUCUCCAAGAUGGAGAAGUCCAGUUUCUUCAGGAGAAGCCAGCCCAGUUUGUCUUAAUCUUGAGAUUAAAAUGUCCUGAGAAAUAUAGCUUGAAGUUUUUUUUUGUUUGUUUUUUAAAGACGGAAAAUGAAGAAAAUGUUCUUAUUUGUCUAAGGAUAAUUAUUGAGCUGCACAAACAGUUCAGGCCACCAAUCACGCAAGAGAUUCAUCACUUUUUGGAUUUUGUGAAACAGAUUUACAAGGAGCUUCCAAAAGUAGUGAACCGCUACUUUGAGAACCCCCAGGGGAUCCCCGAGAACUCGGUGCCUCCCCCUGAAAUGGUCGGCAUGAUCACGACCGUCGCUGUGAAGGUCAACCCUGAGCGGGAGGACAGCGAGACUCGGACGCAUUCCAUCAUCCCACGAGGAUCGCUCUCACUGAAAGUCCUGGCUGAGCUCCCCAUCAUUGUUGUAUUGAUGUACCAGCUGUACAAACUGAAUAUCCACAACGUUGUUGCCGAGUUUGUGCCCCUGAUCAUGAAUACCAUUGCAAUUCAGGUAUCCACACAGGCCAGGCAACAUAAGCUUUACAACAAGGAGCUGUACGCCGACUUCAUUGCAGCCCAGAUCAAAACGUUGUCGUUUUUAGCCUACAUCAUCAGGAUUUACCAGGAGCUGGUGACGAAGUAUUCUCAGCAGAUGGUGAAAGGCAUGCUGCAGCUGCUUUCCAAUUGCCCAGCGGAGACUGCACACCUCAGGAAGGAGCUGCUCAUCGCGGCUAAGCACAUCCUCACCACGGAGCUGAGAAACCAGUUCAUCCCCUGCAUGGACAAGCUGUUUGAUGAAUCCAUCCUGAUUGGCUCUGGGUACACGGCUCGAGAGACACUCAGGCCCCUCGCUUACAGCACACUUGCGGACCUUGUGCACCACGUUCGCCAGCACCUGCCCCUUAGCGACCUUUCCCUCGCUGUCCAGCUCUUUGCCAAGAACAUCGAUGAUGAGUCCCUGCCCAGUAGCAUCCAAACCAUGUCCUGCAAACUCCUACUGAACCUGGUGGACUGCAUCCGCUCCAAGAGUGAGCAGGAGAGUGGCAAUGGCAGAGAUGUCCUGAUGCGGAUGCUGGAGGUUUUUGUCCUCAAGUUCCACACCAUUGCCCGGUACCAGCUCUCUGCCAUUUUUAGGAAAUGCAAACCUCAGUCUGAACUGGGGGCCGCAGAAGCUGCACUGCCUGGGGUGCCCCCAGCCCCUGCUGCCCCUGGCCCAGCCCCCUCCCCAGCCCCGGCCACCCCAGUGACCCCCGCCCCCGUGCCCCCAUUUGAGAAGCAAGGAGAGAAGGACAAGGAGGACAAGCAGACGUUCCAGGUCACAGAUUGCCGGAGUCUGGUGAAGACCUUGGUCUGCGGUGUCAAGACCAUCACGUGGGGCAUCACAUCGUGUAAAGCACCUGGUGAAGCUCAGUUUAUUCCUAACAAGCAGUUACAACCCAAAGAAACUCAGAUUUACAUCAAGCUGGUGAAGUAUGCGAUGCAGGCCUUGGAUAUUUAUCAGGUCCAGAUCGCAGGAAACGGACAAACAUACAUCCGAGUAGCCAACUGCCAGACCGUAAGGAUGAAGGAAGAGAAGGAGGUGCUGGAGCACUUCGCUGGGGUCUUCACCAUGAUGAACCCACUAACGUUCAAGGAGAUCUUCCAGACUACAGUUCCAUACAUGGUAGAAAGGAUCUCAAAAAACUAUGCUCUUCAGAUUGUUGCCAACUCCUUCCUGGCGAACCCCACUACCUCCGCUCUCUUUGCCACCAUCCUGGUGGAGUACCUCCUGGAGCGGCUGCCAGAAAUGGGCUCCAACGUGGAGCUCUCCAACUUGUACCUCAAGCUCUUCAAGCUGGUCUUCGGCUCAGUGUCUCUGUUUGCAGCGGAGAAUGAGCAGAUGCUGAAGCCUCACCUACACAAGAUCGUGAACAGCUCCAUGGAGCUGGCGCAGACCGCCAAGGAGCCCUACAACUACUUCCUUCUGCUCCGUGCUCUCUUCCGCUCCAUAGGAGGCGGCAGCCAUGACCUCCUGUAUCAGGAGUUUCUGCCUCUCCUUCCAAAUCUCCUCCAAGGACUGAACAUGCUGCAGAGCGGCCUGCAUAAGCAGCACAUGAAGGAUCUCUUUGUAGAGCUGUGUCUCACCGUGCCAGUACGGCUGAGCUCUCUCCUGCCCUAUCUGCCCAUGUUGAUGGAUCCCUUGGUGUCUGCCCUCAAUGGGUCUCAGACGUUGGUCAGCCAAGGCCUGAGGACCUUGGAGUUGUGUGUGGACAACCUGCAGCCGGAUUUCCUCUAUGACCACAUUCAGCCCGUGCGCGCAGAGCUCAUGCAGGCUUUGUGGCGCACACUUCGAAACCCUGCAGACAGCAUCUCCCACGUGGCCUACCGCGUGCUUGGGAAGUUUGGUGGCAGCAACAGGAAGAUGUUGAAGGAGUCCCAGAAGCUGCACUAUGUUGUGACUGAAGUUCAAGGUCCCAGCAUUACUGUGGAGUUCUCUGAUUGCAAAGCUUCUCUCCAGCUUCCAAUGGAAAAGGCCAUUGAGACUGCUUUGGACUGCCUGAAAAGUGCCAACACAGAGCCCUACUACCGGAGGCAGGCAUGGGAGGUGAUCAGGUGCUUCCUGGUGGCCAUGAUGAGCCUGGAGGACAACAAGCACGCGCUCUACCAGCUGCUGGCGCACCCCAACUUUACAGAGAAGACCAUUCCCAAUGUCAUCAUAUCACACCGCUACAAAGCACAGGACACUCCAGCCCGGAAGACAUUUGAACAGGCUCUGACUGGGGCAUUCAUGUCUGCAGUCAUCAAAGACCUGCGACCCAGUGCCCUGCCCUUUGUGGCCAGCUUGAUCCGCCACUACACCAUGGUAGCAGUGGCUCAGCAGUGUGGUCCUUUCUUGCUGCCUUGCUACCAGGUGGGCAGCCAGCCCAGCACAGCCAUGUUCCACAGUGAAGAAAAUGGGUCCAAAGGAAUGGAUCCCUUGGUCCUUAUUGAUGCCAUCGCUAUCUGUAUGGCUUAUGAAGAAAAGGAACUGUGCAAGAUUGGGGAGGUGGCCCUGGCUGUGAUAUUCGAUGUGGCGAGCAUCAUCCUGGGCUCAAAAGAGAGGGCGUGCCAGCUGCCCCUCUUCUCCUACAUUGUGGAGCGCUUGUGCGCCUGCUGCUAUGAGCAGGCCUGGUAUGCAAAGCUGGGGGGCGUGGUGUCCAUUAAGUUUCUCAUGGAGCGGCUCCCACUCACGUGGGUUCUCCAGAACCAGCAGACAUUCCUCAAAGCUCUGCUCUUUGUAAUGAUGGACCUGACUGGAGAGGUUUCCAAUGGGGCAGUGGCCAUGGCGAAGACCACCCUGGAGCAGCUCCUGAUGAGAUGUGCAACCCCUUUGAAGGAUGAGGAGAGAGCUGAGGAGAUUGUGCUGGCUCAGGAGAAAUCUUUUCACCACGUGACUCACGAUUUGGUUCGUGAAGUCACCUCCCCAAACUCGACUGUGAGAAAGCAGGCCAUGCAUUCACUGCAGGUCUUGGCCCAGGUCACCGGAAAAAGUGUGACAGUAAUUAUGGAGCCACAUAAAGAGGUCCUUCAGGAUAUGGUUCCACCGAAGAAGCACCUGCUGCGCCACCAGCCUGCCAACGCCCAGAUCGGCCUGAUGGAGGGCAACACGUUCUGCACCACGCUGCAGCCUCGACUCUUCACGAUGGAUCUCAACGUGGUGGAGCACAAGGUCUUCUACACAGAGCUGCUGAAUUUGUGUGAGGCUGAGGAUUCUGCUCUGACCAAGCUACCCUGUUAUAAAAGCCUCCCAUCGCUUGUGCCCUUACGGAUCGCAGCAUUAAAUGCUCUCGCUGCCUGCAAUUACCUGCCUCAGUCCAGGGAGAAAAUCAUUGCUGCUCUCUUCAAAGCCCUCAACUCUACCAACAGUGAGCUGCAGGAGGCUGGGGAGGCCUGCAUGAGGAAGUUUUUGGAAGGUGCCACCAUAGAAGUAGAUCAGAUUCAUACGCACAUGCGGCCCUUGCUGAUGAUGCUGGGAGACUACCGGAGCUUGACCCUGAAUGUAGUGAACCGGCUCACCUCCGUUACUCGCCUCUUCCCAAAUUCCUUCAAUGAUAAGUUUUGUGACCAGAUGAUGCAACAUCUGCGCAAGUGGAUGGAAGUGGUGGUCAUCACCCACAAAGGGGGCCAGAGGAGUGACGGAAACGAGAGCCUUUCAGAGUGCGGGAGGUGCUCCCUGUCUCCAUUCUGUCAGUUUGAGGAAAUGAAGAUUUGCUCGGCAAUUAUAAACCUUUUCCAUCUGAUCCCAGCUGCUCCUCAAACACUGGUCAAGCCUUUGCUGGAGGUUGUGAUGAAGACAGAGCGCGCCAUGCUGAUUGAGGCGGGCAGUCCAUUCAGAGAGCCACUUAUCAAGUUCCUGACGCGGCAUCCCUCGCAGACAGUGGAGCUGUUCAUGAUGGAAGCGACGCUGAAUGACCCCCAGUGGAGCCGGAUGUUCAUGAGUUUCUUAAAACACAAAGAUGCCAGACCUCUGAGGGAUGUGUUGGCAGCAAACCCCAACAGGUUCAUCACUCUGCUGCUGCCUGGUGGCGCACAGACAGCAGUCCGCCCCGGCUCGCCCAGUACCAGUAACAUGCGCCUGGACCUCCAGUUCCAGGCCAUCAAGAUCAUAAGCAUCAUAGUUAAAAAUGAUGAUGCCUGGCUGGCCAGUCAGCACUCUCUGGUGAGCCAGUUGAGGCGAGUGUGGGUGAGCGAGACCUUUCAAGAAAGACACCGCAAAGAGAACAUGGCUGCCACCAACUGGAAGGAGCCCAAGCUUCUGGCCUUCUGUCUGCUGAACUAUUGCAAAAGGAACUAUGGCGACAUAGAGCUGCUGUUCCAGCUGCUCCGAGCCUUCACUGGUCGCUUCCUGUGCAACAUGACCUUCUUGAAGGAGUAUAUGGAAGAAGAGGUCCCCAAAAAUUACAGCAUCGCUCAAAAGCGGGCACUCUUUUUCCGAUUUGUAGAGUUUAAUGACCCCAACUUUGGAGAUGAGCUGAAAGCAAAGGUUCUGCAGCACAUCUUGAAUCCUGCUUUCUUGUACAGCUUUGAGAAGGGGGAAGGAGAGCAGCUGUUAGGACCUCCUAAUCCAGAAGGAGACAACCCCGAGAGCAUCACCAGUGUGUUUAUAACCAAGGUCCUGGACCCCGAGAAGCAAGCUGACAUGCUGGACUCCCUGCGGAUCUACCUGCUGCAGUAUGCCACGCUGCUGGUGGAGCAUGCCCCCCACCACAUCCAUGACAACAACAAGAACCGCAAUAGCAAGCUGCGCCGUCUGAUGACCUUCGCGUGGCCCUGUCUGCUCUCCAAGGCUUGCGUGGAUCCUGCUUGCAAAUACAGCGGGCACCUGCUGCUGGCGCACAUCAUCGCCAAAUUUGCCAUCCAUAAGAAAAUCGUCCUGCAGGUUUUCCACAGUCUUCUCAAGGCUCACGCAAUGGAAGCCCGAGCAAUUGUGAGACAGGCAAUGGCCAUUUUGACCCCAGCAGUGCCAGCCCGCAUGGAGGAUGGACACCAGAUGCUGACACACUGGACUAGGAAGAUCAUUGUGGAGGAGGGGCACACGGUCCCACAGCUGGUGCAUAUUCUUCACCUCAUAGUGCAGCACUUUAAGGUGUACUACCCGGUGCGGCACCACUUGGUACAGCACAUGGUCAGUGCCAUGCAGAGGCUGGGCUUCACACCCAGUGUCACCAUUGAGCAGAGGAGGCUGGCUGUGGACCUCUCCGAGGUUGUCAUCAAGUGGGAACUGCAGAGGAUCAAGGACCAGCAACCGGAUUCUGACAUGGACCCAAAUUCCGGUGGAGAGGGCGUCAACUCAGUGUCCAUUAAGAGAGGCCUGUCUGUAGACUCUGCGCAGGAGGUGAAACGCUUCAGGGCAGCCACCGGAGCCAUCAGCGCAGUGUUCGGGAGGAGCCAGUCCCUGCCGGGAGCUGACUCUCUUCUUGCCAAGCCCAUUGACAAGCAGCACACGGACACUGUGGUGAACUUCCUCAUUCGAGUGGCUUGCCAGGUGAACGACAAUACCAACACGGCAGGGUCGCCUGGGGAGGUGCUCUCUCGCCGCUGUGUGAAUCUUCUCAAGACCGCUCUACGGCCAGAUAUGUGGUGCAAGUCUGAGCUCAAACUGCAGUGGUUUGACAAGCUGCUGAUGACCGUGGAGCAGCCUAACCAGGUGAACUAUGGGAAUAUCUGCACAGGGUUGGAAGUCCUGAACUUCUUACUAACUGUGCUGCAGUCUCCGGCCAUCCUCAGUAGCUUCAAGCCCCUGCAACGGGGCAUUGCAGCCUGCAUGACAUGUGGGAACACCAAGGUGCUGCGAGCUGUGCACAGCCUCCUCUCUCGCCUCAUGAGCAUUUUCCCUACAGAGCCAAGCACUUCAAGCGUGGCAUCCAAGUAUGAGGAGCUGGAGUGCCUCUAUGCUGCCGUGGGGAAGGUCAUCUACGAAGGCCUAACUAACUACGAGAAAGCCACCAGUGCCAACCCCUCCCAGCUCUUCGGAACACUUAUGAUCCUCAAGUCAGCCUGUUGCAACAACCCAAGCUACAUCGACAGACUCAUCUCUGUCUUCAUGCGCUCCCUACAGAAGAUGGUCCGAGAGCAUCUAAAUCCACAGACAGCAUCCGGGAGCACCGAAGCAACCGCAGCUGGAACAAGCGAGCUGGUGAUGCUGAGCCUGGAUCUUGUGAAGACUCGUCUGGCGGUGAUGAGCAUGGAGAUGCGGAAGAACUUUAUCCAGACCAUCUUGACCUCCCUCAUUGAGAAGUCCCCAGAUGCCAAGAUCCUCCGAGCUGUGGUGAAGAUCGUGGAGGAAUGGGUUAAGAAUAAUUCCCCGAUGGCAGCCAAUCAGACACCUACACUCCGGGAGAAGUCAAUCCUGCUCGUGAAAAUGAUGACUUACAUAGAGAAACGCUUUCCGGAAGACCUUGAACUAAAUGCCCAGUUUUUGGACCUUGUUAACUAUGUGUACAGGGAUGAGGCACUCUCGGGCAGUGAGCUGACUGCAAAGCUUGAGCCUGCCUUUCUCUCUGGACUGCGCUGUGCCCAACCAUUGAUCAGAGCCAAGUUUUUCGAGGUUUUUGACAACUCUAUGAAACGGCGCGUCUAUGAGCGUCUGCUGUACGUCACCUGUUCCCAGAAUUGGGAAGCCAUGGGGAGCCAUUUCUGGAUCAAGCAGUGCAUUGAGCUCCUCCUGGCCGUGUGUGAGAAGAGCACUGCCAUUGGUACCAGCUGCCAGGGAGCCAUGCUCCCGUCCAUUACCAACGUCAUCAACCUGGCCGACAGCCACGACCGAGCUGCCUUUGCCAUGGUCACUCACGUCAAGCAGGAACCUCGGGAACGAGAGAACAGUGAGUCUAAAGAAGAGGACGUAGAGAUUGAUAUUGAGCUGGCUCCUGGCGAUCAGACCAGCACACCCAAAACCAAAGAGCUUUCUGAGAAGGACAUUGGAAACCAGCUGCACAUGCUCACCAACAGACAUGACAAAUUUCUUGACACUCUCCGGGAAGUGAAGACUGGGGCACUGCUCAGCGCCUUCGUUCAGCUCUGCCACAUUUCCACAACGUUGGCUGAGAAGACCUGGGUCCAGCUUUUCCCGAGGCUGUGGAAAAUCCUCUCUGACAGACAGCAGCAUGCUCUGGCGGGGGAGAUCAGCCCUUUCCUGUGCAGCGGCAGUCAUCAGGUUCAGCGAGACUGUCAGCCCAGCGCAUUGAACUGCUUUGUGGAAGCCAUGUCCCAGUGCGUCCCCCCCAUCCCCAUGCGACCCUGUGUGCUGAAGUACCUGGGAAAGACUCAUAACCUCUGGCUCCGCUCCACGCUGAUGCUGGAGCACCAGGCCUUUGAGAAGGGGCUGAGCCUGCCCAUCAAGCCAAAGCAGACGGCCGAGUUUUACGAGCAGGAGAGCAUAACCCCGCCUCAGCAGGAGAUACUGGAUUCCCUUGCUGAACUUUACUCUCUGUUACAAGAGGAAGACAUGUGGGCCGGCCUGUGGCAGAAGCGAUGCAAAUUCUCAGAGACUGCCACCGCCAUUGCUUAUGAGCAGCACGGCUUCUUUGAGCAGGCCCAAGAGUCCUAUGAGAAGGCAAUGGACAAGGCUAAGAAAGAGCAUGAACGCAGUAACGCCUCGCCUGCCAUUUUCCCUGAGUACCAGCUCUGGGAGGACCACUGGAUUAGGUGCUCCAAGGAGCUGAACCAGUGGGAAGCCUUGACUGAGUUUGGCCAGUCUAAGGGCCACAUAAAUCCUUACCUGGUCCUGGAGUGUGCAUGGAGGGUGUCCAACUGGACUGCCAUGAAGGAGGCACUGGUGCAGGUGGAGGUCAGCUGCCCCAAGGAGAUGGCUUGGAAGGUUAACAUGUACCGAGGGUACCUGGCCAUUUGCCACCCCGAGGAACAGCAGCUCAGCUUCAUUGAGCGCCUGGUGGAGAUGGCCAGCAGCUUGGCUAUCCGUGAGUGGCGGCGGCUGCCCCACGUGGUGUCCCACGUGCAUACACCUCUUCUGCAGGCUGCCCAGCAGAUCAUCGAGCUUCAGGAGGCUGCACAGAUCAAUGCAGGCCUGCAGCCGACCAACCUGGGCCGGAACAACAGCCUCCACGACAUGAAGACCGUGGUGAAGACCUGGAGGAACCGGCUGCCCAUCGUGUCUGACGACUUGUCCCACUGGAGCAGCGUCUUCAUGUGGCGGCAGCACCAUUACCAGGGUAAACCGACCUGGUCCAGCAUGCACUCAUCAUCUAUUGUAACUGCAUAUGAAAAUAGCUCUCACCAUGACCCAAGUUCCAAUAAUGCCAUGCUUGGAGUUCAUGCCUCAGCCUCUGCCAUCAUCCAGUAUGGGAAAAUUGCCCGGAAACAAGGUCUAGUUAACGUGGCGCUGGACAUACUGAGCCGUAUCCACACCAUCCCCACCGUUCCCAUCGUGGAUUGCUUCCAGAAGAUUCGACAGCAAGUGAAAUGCUACCUCCAACUGGCAGGAGUGAUGGGCAAGAAUGAGUGCAUGCAGGGCCUUGAAGUUAUUGAGUCUACAAACCUAAAAUACUUCACGAAGGAGAUGACAGCCGAGUUUUACGCCCUGAAGGGAAUGUUCCUGGCUCAGAUCAACAAAUCUGAGGAGGCCAACAAAGCGUUCUCGGCUGCCGUGCAGAUGCACGAUGUGCUGGUGAAGGCCUGGGCCAUGUGGGGGGACUACCUGGAGAGCAUCUUCGUGAAGGAGCGGCAGCUGCACCUGGGCGUGUCUGCCAUCACCUGCUACCUGCAUGCCUGCCGGCAUCAGAAUGAGAGCAAGUCAAGGAAGUACUUGGCCAAGGUACUAUGGCUUCUGAGUUUCGAUGAUGACAAAAACACGCUGGCGGAUGCUGUAGACAAGUACUGCAUCGGUGUACCCCCCAUCCAGUGGCUGGCAUGGAUCCCGCAGCUGCUCACCUGCCUGGUGGGCUCUGAGGGCAAGCUGCUGUUGAACCUCAUCAGCCAGGUUGGACGGGUAUAUCCCCAGGCCGUCUACUUUCCCAUCCGGACUCUGUACCUGACCCUGAAGAUUGAGCAGAGGGAACGCUACAAGAGUGAUCCAGGGCCCAUAAGAGCAACAGCGCCCAUGUGGCGCUGCAGCCGAAUCAUGCACAUGCAGAGGGAGCUCCACCCCACCCUCCUGUCUUCCCUGGAAGGCAUCGUCGACCAGAUGGUCUGGUUCAGAGAGAACUGGCAUGAAGAGGUGCUCAGGCAGCUCCAGCAGGGCCUGGCGAAAUGUUACUCUGUUGCCUUUGAAAAGAGCGGUGCUGUAUCCGAUGCCAAGAUCACCCCUCACACUCUUAACUUUGUCAAGAAGCUGGUGAGCACUUUCGGGGUGGGCCUGGAGAAUGUGUCCAACGUCUCAACCAUGUUCUCCAGUGCAGCCUCUGAGUCUCUGGCCCGCCGGGCACAAGCCACAGCCCAGGACCCUGUCUUCCAGAAGCUGAAGGGCCAGUUCACCACAGAUUUUGACUUCAGUGUCCCAGGGUCCAUGAAGCUUCAUAACCUGAUCUCUAAAUUGAAGAAGUGGAUCAAGAUCCUCGAGGCGAAGACCAAGCAGCUCCCCAAGUUCUUCCUCAUAGAGGAAAAGUGUCGCUUCCUGAGCAAUUUCUCAGCUCAGACGGCCGAAGUGGAGAUCCCUGGGGAGUUUCUGAUGCCUAAGCCAACACAUUACUAUAUCAAGAUCGCUCGCUUUAUGCCCCGAGUGGAGAUUGUGCAGAAGCACAACACAGCAGCCCGCAGGCUGUACAUCCGCGGGCACAACGGCAAGAUUUACCCGUACCUGGUCAUGAACGAUGCCUGCCUCACGGAGUCGCGCAGGGAGGAGCGAGUGCUGCAGCUGCUGCGCCUGCUGAACCCUUGCCUGGAGAGGAGGAAGGAGACCACCAAGAGGCACUUGUUCUUCACAGUUCCUCGGGUCGUGGCUGUGUCCCCGCAGAUGCGCCUCGUGGAAGACAACCCCUCUUCACUUUCCCUCGUGGAGAUCUACAAGCAGCGCUGUGCCAAGAAAGGCAUUGAGCAUGACAACCCCAUCUCCCGUUACUAUGACAGGCUGGCCACAGUGCAGGCACGGGGAACCCAGGCCAGCCACCAGGUCCUCCGAGACAUUCUCAAAGAGGUCCAGAGCAACAUGGUCCCCCGCAGCAUGCUGAAGGAGUGGGCCCUGCACACUUUCCCCAACGCUACAGACUACUGGACCUUCCGGAAGAUGUUCACCAUUCAGUUGGCACUCAUCGGCUUUGCAGAGUUUGUCCUGCACCUAAAUAGGCUCAACCCUGAGAUGCUACAGAUUGCUCAGGACACGGGCAAGCUGAACGUUGCUUACUUCCGAUUUGACAUAAAUGAUGCAACUGGGGACUUAGACGCCAACCGUCCAGUCCCUUUCCGCCUCACACCAAACAUAUCUGAGUUCCUGACCACCAUUGGUGUCUCCGGCCCGCUGACUGCCUCCAUGAUUGCAGUUGCACGGUGCUUUGCCCAGCCUAACUUCAAGGUGGAUGGCAUUCUGAAAACUGUGCUCCGAGAUGAGAUCAUUGCUUGGCACAAAAAGACGCAGGAGGACACUUCCUCCCCACUGUCGGCCGCAGGGCAGCCAGAGAACAUGGACAGCCAGCAGCUGGUUUCCUUAGUUCAGAAAGCUGUCACUGCCAUCAUGACCCGCCUGCACAACUUGGCCCAGUUCGAUGGUGGGGAGAGCAAGGUGAACACCCUGGUGGCCGCUGCCAACAGCCUGGACAACCUGUGUCGCAUGGACCCUGCCUGGCAUCCGUGGCUGUGACCUCAGCGGCCACCCCACCUAGAAUGUGAAAUGUGCCUCUCAGCCUCUGAGCCCCUGGCUGUUGAGACCUCUCUCUGCCUUGUUACCCACUUUAUUCAGUUACCUUCCCAGUCGUGUGUGUGUGUGUGUGUGUGUGUGUGUGUGUGUGUGUGUGGAAGAGCAUGGGAUUAGUCCUGGAGGGAGCCCCUGCACACAAGGAUGGCCCGGCCGUUGGAGGUGGCAGAGCUGAACUCGGCAGCUUCUGAGAUGCCUUUUAACUUGAGGAGCCCCAGACUGGGACUCCCUGUGGUACUCCUGUCUCAGUGUGAAGGGCAGUUGAGAAUGUCCCCUCCAACCCCAACUUCCAGAAACUACACCUCAGAGUGGCUGCGCGCUGUCAAACCGGGUCUAGGAAAUCCAGUGUUAGAGAAGCAGGAAUCAGGAGCAGCUGGACAGAUGUGCGUCUCUGAGCACAGAUUUCACUCUCUCACUGGUUUGGAAAAUCUCGCUAAGUCUGCUGAUGCGGCUCAGUGAGCCCGAGUGGCCCGCAGGGGAAGGAAAGCUGCCCCAGGUCUCUUCAGUCAGAGCCGCCGAUUCAGCUGUGCAGAACGGAGCUGAGGCCAGCGGGCCAGCCUUUCUCUCGCCUGCCAGCUUGUUGGGUGUCUUUUAGAGAUUUACUAUCAUUGUACCAGGAAAAAGAGACAAGAAAAUCAUUUUUGUUUUUUCUUCCUAAUUUAAAAAGAAAGCAGUGAGUUUGUCCCCUUUAGUCUGUUAUGUUGACAUUUUUAUAAAUCUGAGCAUUGAGAAUGUUCUAGCUAAAUUUGUAC